ACCUCCCAGUUGGAUCUCACCAACAUCUUCCUGAUCAAGCCGGAAAGCAGUGCGGCCGACUAUCUCGUUGCCCAGAUGUACGUGGGGCCGUUCGGGCGGGUUAGGGCACCCAAGCCGACGGACCAUGUUCUUCUUCCACCACCGGGGUACUUUGGAGUAUACCCGAUGAGUUUUGCUAAGGGGUUGAGGUUCCCCCUUCACCCUUUCAUUACUGAGUACCUGGACAUGGUAGGGCUUCCUCCGGCCUUGCUGACGCCGAACAGUUACUCCUUGAUGGUGGGGUUUUUGCUCCGGUGUGAGGAGUUGGGCUACAGGCCGACGACGGCACUAUUCAUGAAUCUGUACCAGAUAGGCCGAGGAAGAGGAGUUUCACGGAUUUGCCUACGUCCAUUCAUGGGUGGAAGAGCAAGUUCGUGUUUGUGUCCAUUGGUGAGAGUGGCACCGAGUUUCCCUCCCUCGGCCAUACCGGGAGGUUUAACCUGCACGACCCGCCGAAGAGCUCUAUUCUGGACGCUCAGGUGGAGGCUUUCUUGGAAGGGGGCCGAGGAGCGUGAAGGAUUACAUCACUGAAUACAAGAUGGCCGCCCUCGGCUUCGUGAGGUACUAUGUCUAUGGUGACAAGGAGGAUGACCUCCAACUCUGGCCGAGGAUGACCACCACCUUUGAGGAGGCCGACGGCCCGGACUUGGGCAUUCCUGCUGAGGCCGAUGAUUUUGUCAUGGACCGUCGUUCCAUGAUGGCUAUUGCCAAGGCCAAAGCGGCCGAGGAGAUUGCUGCUAAGGCGGCCGAGGCGGCCAGACGUGCCGCGGCCGGUGGGAGCGGGGCUACUGCUGAUGCGGCCCCAAAGCCUGCUCCAUUGAAGAAGAAAAGGUCGGCCUCUGACGGCCAAAAAAAGUUAACUGAGGCCGGCGUGAGCGUCUCGAAGAAGACGAAGAGGGCUCCUUCCCCUUCUCCGGCUACUGAGGCCGGUACUCUGACUGUCCCCAUCGUGGACGAUGGUGGUCCCGUUGUGGACCUUACUGUUGCUGACGAUGCUGCCCCAGCGCUUCCUCUCGUCCAGGAGCCGCGGACGAAGAGGGCCGGCAAGGAGAUUGCCGGUGCCACCUACCAGAAGGUGGUAGAAUACCCCGUCGGCGGGGGCGUGUUUAAUGAUCUCGUCCCUGGCCACGUCGUCCUGGCCCAGGCCAUGCCGGCCAAAGAUCGGGCUUAUCUGAAGAAGCUUGGGGACGAGAAGAUUUACGAGGGCGGCAUGGACCUCUUCGUCCAAAGUGCCUUCAUGCUUAUGGAAAGCCAUAAGAGGCAGUAUUGGGAGAUAGCUCGCUUGAAAGGGCUGGAGCAGAAGGCUGCCUCGGCCGACGAGGCGGUAGCUUGCCUUGAUCGGCUCCGGGAGGAUGCCAAGGCGCUGCAGGCAAAAGCUGAUGAAGCCGCCGCGGCCAGGGACGAUGCCCUGGUCAAGCUCGAGGAGAGCAAAAGGGAGCUCGAGGAGUCCCAAAGGGCGCUUGAGGCCGAGAAGCGCAAGAGCGAGGAGGCCGUCAAGGCGAAAGCUGAGGCCGAGGCCGCCGCCGUGAGGGCUGCUGAUGAGGCCGUUGAGAAGUUCCUGGCCGAGGGGUGGAAGGCCGAUGAGAGGCUUCCCUGGUGCUACGAAGUGGUGGCCGCCAGGCUUGAGAGUUGGGGGAUGAACUCCCCCGCCGGCCGGGAAUAUUUCAGCCGGGAGAUGUCCGUUUAUUACAACCUGGGCCAGGAGCGGAUGCAAAGGCUCCUGUGUCGGCGGCUAUCCCGGGCGUUGAAGGCCAUGAAUUACACGUCUGGGUGGGCUAGACGGAACCUGAAGCUGCCAAAGCUGAUGAAGGAUCCAGAAGAGCAGGCCAAGCUUCCGCUGUCGGAGCGAGAGUCCCCCAUAGAAAGCUCCGGCCUCGGCGAGCCGGACUACACUGAAUUCGACUUCCUGGACGAUGCCACCAGUGCUGCACCCGCCGACGGCCAGGAGGCUGAGGCCGAGGAGGUCGAAGAGGCAGCCACGGAUGGGGGUGCCCCAGAGGCUUGAUCGGCUACUCCCUGCUCCUUUGUAAUUUGCUUUUCAUUGCUUUGUCUAACUGAUGUAAUGACCGAAGCGCCCCCCAUUGUAAUGAAUUGAUUAAAUGAAAGAAUUUUUGUCAUCCUUCUCGGCUUUGAAUCCAUUGUAUGCUUGUUUGCCUUUUGUCAUUUCAAUUCUGUAAAUUGUCUAAAUGUCAAGUCAUAACUUGGGUCGCCCACGAGUGUCCACUACGUCCGUGAGGUCGUCCACCCUGUCCGGUGGCCUGGUCGGCUUGUUCGUCGUUGCUGAACUAUCAUAACACUUAGGAUUUUUUCCGAAAAUUUCCUAAGUGUUUUGGAUUCUUGUAGUUGCUUCCCUUCCGGCCUGGUGGCCUUGUCGGCCUGACCGGUGGUCCUUGGCUACCAUAACACUUAGGCUUUUAUCAAAAAUUUCCUAAGUGUUUUUGGGUUCACUUAGGUGCUUUCUUCUCGGUCUGGUGGCCUGAUCGGCCUGACCGUCAUUUCUGUACUAUCCUAACACUUAGGAUUUUUUUUUGAAAAUUUCCUAAGUGUUUUGGAUUCGUGUAGUUGCUUCCCUUCCGGCCUGGUGGCCUUGUCGGCCUGACCGGUGUUCCUUUGCGUUGUGGCCGAGAAGGGCACCUUCACCCUGAUCUUUUGAACUUAGAAUUCUUCUAAGUACACAUGCAGAGGUGCAGAUAGCUAACGGCCUUGGAGUGUACUGGCACCCGCUUCGGCUGUAGUUCCUUUAUUUGAGUACUUAGAUAAUUUUCUAAGUAUAAAUGUUUGGCAUUUACUUCUUUGCGGUGCCGCUGCCGGCCAAGGUCUGGCUUGUGGCCGAUGAGGGUGCUGGAUAAGGAAUGGCUUGUCCAAGGAGAUGGUCCUGCCUUCGUCGGCUAGCCAUGGUUCCUUGUUGAUGAACCCUCUUUUCCCAAGAUUUUUUCUAAGUGUUUGGGAAACACUUAAACAAAUUCCCAAAGAACUUUCGCUCGACCAACGGCCUUGGUUCCAGUGCCUGCGUCGGCCAUCCGAGGUGCUGUGGCAAGUAGAGGUUGUUUCUUGAUUGCUUGAUCCUUUCGCGGGUGUGAUAAGUGCCCGUUUCGUCCUGGUCAUCCUCAGGAUUGCGACGCUCUGUUUCAUACCAAGCGUUGGUGCCUCAAAGGACUAUGGCCGAUGAAGGUCACCUCUCGCGUGUCACCCAACCGAUGCGGUUAGGGUUUUAUAGGCGUGUGUUUCGGCCUUGAUUAUUCCCUUGUAGUAUGUGGACGUGUCGUCCAUGUUACCUGUCAGUGGUACUAUACUUGUGUUCAACUGAUAUGUACUUGGCCUAUUUGGGCCUGAGUUGUGGGGAUUUUAUUUUUUCAUUGCUCGAGGCCGGCUAGUGUGCGCGGCCGUCGGCUUCCCUCUUUUUCCCUUGUAUGUUUUUUUUUCGUUUCGGGGGGUAUCCUUCUUUCAGGCUUCGGCCGAAGGGUGUGCUCGUCCUUCGGCCGGUUCGGACUUCGUUUAUAACGUCCGUGGUCUCAGGGCGGGUCCCGUCGCCUAUUUAUGACGCGGGCUAGACUUUUGGUCGGUUUCCAACGGCUGUCGUUGCCCAUCCCUGAGUUUUGGGAUUUUGUCACCUCGGCCAUGAUUUCAGGCCUGUCGUCCUGCGUUCUGGCGCGUGGACGACACGGUGAGCUUCCCGUUUCAAGACGUGGGCCGUUUGCGGGCCCCUCGUCCUGGGGACAUCGUCGGCCAUGCCUGAGCGUUUCACUUCUAGGCUUACGGGGCCAGGACGAUGUGCUCUCUCAGCUAGGCCUGAGCCCUUCGCUGAUACAAAAUACAAUGGAGUGCCUGAGCUUGUCGCUCGUAGGCUGCAAAUGCAAGGGGCUAUGUCGGCCAGACCUGAGCCUUUCGCUCUAAGGUGGCCGACGAGGGCACCUGCUAAUGUUUUACCUUGAAUUUCCAGAGAAAAAAUCAGAACAUGAUUUUAUUCAUAAGUGGCUCGAGGCCGAGGGUGGCGUUCAAUCAGUAACCCGUUAAGCGGUGAGGGCUUCGCCGUCUACACCUCCUCCGGAUUACCGAUAAAACUUCACCAGAUGGUGUACAUUCCAUGUUCGUGGUACAUUGGACCCAUUCGGGCGUUUAAGCUUGUAGGUGCCGGGUCUGACCACGGCGCUGACGAUGUAGGGCCCUUCGUACUUCAAUGCUAGCUUGCCACCCUGUGUCGGCUGGCUUGCUUCCCUUCGGCGGAGGACGUAGUCCCCCACCUGAAAUUCCCGGGAACGUACCUUGGCGUCAUAGUAUGAUUUUACUUGACGCCGGUAGUUCUCUGCUCGGACGUAAGCUUGCUCACGCCUCUCAUCGACCAGGUGCUGGUCAAUCUUCAUGCUUUCCUUGUUGGCGUCAGGCUCGUAUUGUUCCACCCGUCGGCUGGGGAUGGCAACUUCCGUGGGCGCCUUUGCUUCAAAGCCGUAGCACAGGGCGAAAGGCGUUUCACCUGUCGCCCUCCUCGGCGUGGUUCUGUAGCACCACAGGAUGUUGGGGAGCUCGUCGACCCAACUACCUCCUGCGGCCUGGAGGUUCUUCUUCAGCCCCUCCAUAAUUGUUCUGUUGGCGUUCUCGACCUGCCCGUUGCCCUGAGGAUAGGCAACGGAGGAGAAACGGUGCCUCACUCCAAACUCUCGGAGGAGCUCCUGGAAAGGGGCUGCCUCGAAUUGGGUGCCGUUGUCUGAUAUAAUCUCUUGAGGGACGCCAAAGCGUGUGAUGAUGUUCUUGUAAACAAAUUUCUGGCAUCUGGCCCCCGUGAUGCUGGCCAAGGGCUCCGCCUCGACCCACUUGGUGAAGUAGUCGACGGCGACGAUGAUGUAGCGGUUAUUUCCGGCGGCUCUGGGUAGGGGGCCGACCAGGUCAAUCCCCCUUCUGGAGAAUGGAAUUGCGGUGCUGACAGGGGCAUAAUUGACAGCUGGCCGACCAGGGGCCUUCUGGAGCACCUGGCAGGUGGUGCACUUCCUGGUCAGGUCAGCGCAGUCGCGUGCCAUCGUCGGCCAGAAGAAACCCUGGACGACGAGACGCCAGGACAUGCUGAAAGGGCCCUGGUGUGAGGAGCAGACGCCACAAUGAACUUCUUCCAUGGCUGUGUCGGCCUCGUCCUGGUGCAGGCAUCGGAGGAGAGUGCCAUUAUAGGACCGUUUGUAGAGUUUGCCAUCUUCUAUGGUGUAGCUUGGGGCCCUAAGUUUGGCAAGUUUGGCCCUCUCCUCGUCCGGGGGAAGCUCCCCCGUUGUGAUGAAGGUGGCGAUGUCGGAGAUCCAGUCCUCUGGUCGCUGUUGGACGCACAAGACGGGGCUGGCAUGGAUGCUGGACAUGCUCAACUCAUCGAUCUUGGCCAACUGGGAGAUGUGCUCCGGGGUGUCCGAGCUGAGCUUGGAGAGGAUGUCGGCUUCGGCGUUCUCGGCCCUUGGGAUCUGAGUGAUCUCGUGGGUUUCAAACGCUUUCAGCAAUUCCUCCGCCGCUUGUUUGUACUGCUUCAUCCGGCCUUCCUUUGCUUCGUACGAUCCCUCCACCUGGCCCACUACCAGUUUGGAGUCGCACUUGAUUCUGAGGUGCUUGGCCUUGAGGCCGGCGGCGAGUCUGAGACCGCUGAGGAGGGCCUCAUACUCGGCUUCGUUGUUGGAUACCCUGAAGUUGAAGCGGAUGACAUAGUAAGCUCUGAAUCCUUCAGGGGAUAUGAGGACGACGCCGCCGCCGCAUGAUUUCGCGGCCGAUGAGCCGUCAGUGAACAGGGUCCACGUAUCGUCCGGCUCCGGCCCGGAGUUGGCGACGGCCGUCUCCCUAGCUGUGCAUUCAAUGACGAAGUCGGCCAAGGCUUGCCCUUUGAUAGAUGGCCUUGGCUUGAUCUCAAUCUGAAACUGGCUGAGGAAGAUCGCCCAUUUCACCAUCCUCGAGGAGCUGGUGGGGCUCCUCAUGAGCGCGCCGAGAGGCUGCUGGGUCAGCACAUGGACGGUGUGGGCCUGGAAGUAGUGUCCAAGCUUCUUCACUGUGUGGACGAUGGCCAGCACCGUCUUCUCAAUGGGGGAGUACCUGAGCUCGGCCUCCCUGAGUGUCUUGCUGAUGUAGAAGAUGGCCUUCUGCACCCCUUCGUCUUCACGGAUGAGCACGGAGCUGAUGGCCGACGUGCUCACCCCUAAGUACAAGAAGAGGGUUUCGCCGGCUCUAGGCUUGGAGAGCACGGGUGGGGACGACAAGUACCUUUUCAAUUCGUCGAAUGCCUCCUGGCAUUCCGUCGUCCACUUGAAGCUACUGGCUUUACGCAUGAUCUGGAAGAAGGGGAGCGCCCUCUCGGCUGACCUGGAGAGGAACCGGUUUAAGGCCGCCAGGCGCCCCAUCAGUCGCUGAACCUCUUUGACGUUGCGGGGCGACUCCAUGUUGAUGAUAGCCUGCGUCUUCUCCGGGUUUAUCUCGAUGCCUCUCCGGCUGACCAUGUAGCCAAGGAACUUGCCGCCCUGGACGCCGAAGGCGCACUUCUUGGGGUUAAGGCGGAGCCUGAACUCCUUCAUGAUUUCAAAGAUCUCCCGGAGGUCGUCGGCGUGGGAGGUGGCCUGCCUGCUCUUGACGAUCAUGUCGUCGACGUACGCCUCCAUCGUCCGGCCAAGGAUCGCUCUGAAGAUUUUGGCCACCAUCCUAGUAUAGGUGGCGCCAGAGUUUUUGAGUCCGAAGGCCAUGACGAGGUAGCAAAAUAUUCCCUCUGGGGUCAUGAAUGCCGUCUUCUCAGCGUCAUCUUCAUGCAUGGAGAUUUGGUGGUACCCUCUGAAAGCGUCGAGGAACGACAUCAACUCGCACCCCGCCGUCUCGUCCACCAGCUGAUCAAUGUUGGGGAGAGGGAACGGGUCCAUGGGGCACGCCUUGUUCAGGUCAGUGUAGUCAACACACAUUCUGAACGUCGGCGGUUUCUGUGCGAGGACGACGUUGGCCAACCAUGUUGGGUACUUCACCUCUUUGAUAUGUUUGAUCGAUAGGAGCAUGGCGACCUCCCCUUUGACGAAGUCCCGCCUGUCAGCGGACAAGUAGCGCCGCUUCUGUUUGACGGGCGCGGAGGCCGGAUCGACGGUCAGCCGGUGAGUGAUCACCUGGCGGCUGAUGCCUGGCAUAUCGUCCGGGCCCCACGCGAAGACAACGGCGUAUGACCGUAGGACGAGGAGGAUGGUGUCUCGUUGGUCCUGGGGGAGUUGCUUUCCGACCCUGAGAACCCGCUCCGGCCGGGAGGUAUCCAGAGGGAUUUCCUCGACCUCCUCGGCCGGCUCCGCAUGUGGCCUCUCCUCGUCCAUGGCGACGGCGGCCGUAAUGGUGUCUAUCCUCUGUCCCUCCCUUUCGGCCGGCCUCGUUAGCUUGAGGUAGCAAGCUCUGGCUAUCCUCUGAUUUCCUCUGGCGUAGCCGAUGCCGUCAUUGGUGGGGAACUUUAAGCAUAGGUGCUUCAUGGAGAUGAUGGCCUCCAAGUCCUCCAGCGCUGGCCGGCCCAGGAUCAGGUUGUGGGCGCACUGGAGGUUGACCACCAUGAACUCCAUGUCAAUUUUGGCAUGGUGGGGGCCGUCACCGACUUCCACGGGGAGGACUAUCGUGCCCUCGGCGUCGAUAGAGUCCCCGGUGAAGCCGGAUAACGGGGUCUUUAUCGGCUUUAGCAGGGCUCUGUCCAGCUUCAGCUGCUUGAAGGUGUCCAAGUACAUCACAUUGACGGAGCUCCCCGUAUCGAUGUAAGUACGGUGGAUGAUGGAGUCACCGAUCUCACAUCGGAUGACGAGGGCGUCCCUGUGUGAUUCCGUACCCGGAGGCAGAUCCUUGUCGGUGAAGGUGAUCGCCUCCGUUCGCUGCUUCUUCGGCUGGGGGGGAACGUGGGACACCUCCCCAAUGUAAAGGGAUUGGGCCCAUUUCUUUCUCUGAGUGGCGGAGUCCCCCCCAGUGUUUCCACCUACGAUGAGGUGGAUGUGAUUCUUCUUCGGCGGAGGCUCUUCGAAGUCCUCGUCGUCGCUGAGUCUACCAAUCUCCCGUUUCUUCGCAGAGGGUUCGCCCCCAUGUUUGCCGGUGUUUACCCAAGUGUUCUUGCGUGGGCCACCUUUGACAAACUAGGAGAGUUCCCCCUGGCGAAUAAGGCGCUCGAUGGCCUUCUUCAAUGUGAUGCAAUCGUCGGUGUUGUGUGACGAGUUCUUGUGGAACCGGCAGUAUGUGCCGCCCUGUUGGAUGGCAAGGAUCUCCUCGGCCGGCCGGGGAGCCUGCUCGAUGAGGCCAUGCUUCUCGGCAUAAUCGAGGAUGGUGCCGACCGGGUGGGUGAGGGUUACCCCCGGCCGUUCCAACCUCGGCCGCCAGUGGCGGUCCUUCUUACUCUGUCCACCAGAGCCGUGACGGCCCUGGGCACCCUGGCCGGUCAGGGACGGACCCGGGGCCGGCGAAGGAUUUGUCUUCUUGGGGGGAUGGCCCCCCUCUCUCUUGUGAUUGUGGAGCUCGUCGGCGUCGGCGUACAAGCCUCCGCGCUGGAGCGCCUUGGCGUACGACCUCAGGGGGUCGGUGAUGAGGCUCCUAGCGUACGGGGAGCUGCGGAGGGCUCCCUGGUACAAGGCAAGGAGGGUGCGCUCAUCGGCCCCCUCAACCUCCUCGGUCUCCCUCGUCCACCGAUCGAUGAAUGACCGGAGGGACUCCUCGUGCUGCUGCUUGACGGAGAGGAGGUGGGUGAAAUACUUCUUGGCGCGCUUCCUCCCGGCAAAGUGAGUGAGGAAGCGCUGGGCGAGAUCCUGCCAUGAGUCGAUGCUUCCUUCUGGGAGCCCGUUGAACCACUCGUACGCUGGUCCCUCGAGAGUAGAGAGGAACCAACGGCAGAGGUAUUCGUCGGACGCGUUCACCAUCAGCAUGUUGUUCUGGUAACGGCUGAAGUGUUCCUGGGGGUCUGAUCGGCCAUCGUAGGACUUGAUGGCGUUCCCCCUGUACUUCUCAGGGAUGGGGGCCGAGAGGACCCUGUUGGUCAAGGGGGUCCCCAUCCUGACCUGGAUGAUGGGGUCACCCCGUCCUUCGGCCAGCUCCCUCUCCAGGGCGCUAACUUUGUUCAUGAGCGCGUUGAGGCCGGGAUCGUUGGAGGCGCCGGCCGUAGGGAUGUUGGCCGACUGCUUGGCCUCCAUCUGAGCUAGCCUCCUCUCCAGCUGGGCGAUGACCUCGUCCCGGGGGUCCCUGGCGGCCGUAGCGCCGCCCGGCUGGUUCCUCAUGCGCUCGUUGUGAGCCGCGUUGAUCUGGUGACGCACGUCAUCCUCGUGCAAUUUUCCCUUGCCCUUGUCCGGGCGGGGCUGGUCCGCUGUCCGGGACACAGACCCCAAGCUUUCCCUUGGUGAGCCAGGACGAGGAUCACCAAUCCGUCCCGCCAUCCUCUCCGAAACCGGACGACGGCGCGUGUCACCUAGCCUAUUGAAGGCAGAGGCUUUUCCACGCGCUGGGGUCUGCCCGGGCCGAGGAGGGGAAGCAGGGUGGGAGUGGGACGACGUCGUGUCCUGGGGCACCACCCCCUCAUCGUUGGCUAUCUGGACGGCCAACGGUUGGUGCUGAGGAGGUUGAGUGACGUUCCCCCCGGUCCUUGGCAAGAGUGCGCUGAGGACGGUGGGGUUCUGAGCUAGGCUGGCAAUGAUGACCGACAGCGCGGCCUGGACCUGUGGAUCCACGGACGGAGAGGCCGCGGCCAUAGGCUGGGUCGGGGCGUGGUCCGUCUUCUCAGCCCGUUUCUUUUCCAGGCCGAGGCGGGCGUCGGGGACUCCGCUGUUGAGUUGGUUGCGGAGGUCCGUCGUGAGGUUGAAGGCCUCCUGGAAGAGGUCCCCUCCGCCGACCUGGUCGGCCGUGGCGUCCUCAUCGUGCUCCCUGGGCUCUUGGUCCUCAGGGAUGGCUUUGCUGAUGAGGUUGCGGUUUGACUUAGUUCUCCCCAUGGUCAGUGGUUAGCUGUGCUUGGUAGCGACGAGGGGUGCUAACUUGAUUGUUCUAGCUCUCAACGAGAGCACCAAAUGAUAGAGUAUAUCUAGAGAGAAGUGAGAGCUAGAGAGAGAAGUGCAAUAAUAUGCUUCAAUAGAAUGAUUUCGUAACCCCUAUAACUACUCCCAAAGGGAGUAUUUAUAGAGAAAAUUAGGGUUGGGCUCCCAAGCCUUGGGCUUGGGAGGCCCAUUUACAACUGGACCGCUACUGGGCCGAAUACAAAGCCACUAAUGGGCUGUACAAAUGAGUAAGUAUAAAAUCCGAUUCUGUGAGGUCUUCGUGGCCGACGAGGGAUUGGCCGACGAGGGCACGGCCGACGAGGGCACCCGGGUUCUUUGGACUCAGGACCAUAAUCCGAGUUGGCCCCUUUUCGGCCGACGGGGGCGUCCUGGCCGACGAGGGCGCCACUCUGUGCCUUGUGCUUUCUGUUCUUCCGAGUAUGUGGGUCCGGGGGCUCAGACCCAUAUACUCCAUCAGAAAUCAAGCUCGAACUCGAGUAUAUAAUUCAAAAAAAUCUUUGUUCGAUAACAACCCUGGGCUAAAUUUGGUAUGUAUAGUAAAAAAAAUUACUGCUGCUUAGCCCACCCCAUCUCUCGAUCCUGGAUCCGCCCCUGGUUCUUAGUUUUUCAAGAUUCAGAGUGUAUAUUUGGUGUUUAAUUAUUUCCUAAGUUGUUUUUGACUUGCUUAUUGUGCAUGUGUGCACUACUAUGAUCGUAGUUUAUAUUUGUUUGAUUUUUCCAAAUUUCUUUUUAUUUGUUUCUUUAUUUACGGGCAUGCAUGUAGUUUAUACGUAGUAUAUUUUUGGACGUAAUUAAAUUUUUAUUACUCUACAAUAGAUUUUGCCAUUUUCAUAUCCACAAAAGAUUGUAGUUUUAAUUAUUGUGCGAAACUAAUUGCUACGAUUGAAUAGUUUUGAUGACUAUAUUCCAAAAUUAACAAAUGAGCUAAACAAUUAUUUAGUCUAUUAAGCAUAUCCGCAUAUAAAAUUAUAGUUUGAAACAACAACAACAACAACUAAGCCUUAUUCCUAAAAAAAUAUGGAGUCGGUAAAGAACAAUCUAAGAUAAUAUGUCUUUUUCUAAAACCCGGUCAAUUAGGGUCAAAACCGGAUCGGACCGGAAAAUUCAGGUCUAGACCGGUCUGGACCGAUUAGAUUCAGGUCCGGUCUUCGGUCCAUAGAAAAUGAUGAUUCCGGUUCCGGUCCUAACCGGUUCUUGUCCGGUCCGGUUUUGGACCGGUACACACCCUACUUAUAGAAAUAUGUGUAGUUGUGAGUUCUUAUAAUACAUUAGAUUUUGAUGUUGUUUUUCUGAAUUAAUGCUAAUUAAAUAAAUAAAUACAAAAAUAUGGUUGAAUUAAUAAUAAUUUUCAAAAUAGUGCUUACUAGAACACUAGUUAAACUUAGCCGCCGCCAAAGUGGGUAAACUACAUCCUACAGCCGGCUGUACCGUGCGCACAGUACAACCAGGGUUUUUUAGGCGUUCUUCGCUUCUUCCCUUCACACCAGCUCCGCACCAGACGUUCGCAUAGGACUUCACAGGCGUUUUUGCACCAGAUUUCGCACAGGACUUCACAUCUCGCUUCUUCAAUCUCGCUGGGCUUCUACGAUCUGAUUUCGCACCAGCAGCUCUUCAUCAAAGUUCACCACUCACCCAUCUUCUCCACCCCUUCUCAUCCAUCUGCUUUUCUUUCCGGCGUAGUUGCCGGUGUAGUUUUUACUAUUUGAGCAUGUGAUUUUAGGAGACAAGGGGAGCCUACUUCGUUGCUGAGGAAUCUUUGAUGUUGUUAAUCUCAAAUGAGUUUUAAAUUAAACUUAAAUGAGUAUACGCCUAAAAGUAAUGAAGAUAUUAAUAUUGAACAUAUUAAAAAUGAGUUGUAUAUUAAGAUCAAAUUAAUACAACGUUCAAAACGAAUGAGCAUACAAAAAUGCGUUUUUUAAUUUUUUGAUAACCCAUUUUCUAAGGUAUAAAUGCUCAUUUGGUACCGCUUUAUACUCAUUUAAAAAGUUUUACAUUUCAAACAUAUACUGAAAAAUAAUAAAACAAAAGUGAAUUGGAAGACAGGGAGCAGAGAACAUUAAUGCUCAUUAGUAGACUCAUAAUACUAAAAAAACAGACUUGAUGCUCACCAAAAUUGCAUUAAUGCUCAUUUAAGAGAAUAUGUGUUCUCGUCAAAAUUACAAAAUUAUCAUCGAUCGUAUGGUUGACACGGUACGACCGCCUAUACAGUAUAAGCUUCCGCCAAAGUGGCGAGUUAUGCAUAACCGAUGAUCUCAACGUAGCAAUCAACAAUCCAAAAACGUAGCAAUCAACAAUCCAAUUGCCUAGAUGGGUCCCUCACAUUAUAAAAAUCAUUUUUUCCUUUCAAUAGCUUUACAUUUUUUUGCUCUAUUUUGUAUAAACAUAUAUAUCAAAAUUCACGAUUUUUUAUGAUCUUUCGUUUGAUACCAAUGUGGCAUGUGUAAUUUAAAAACAAUUGAAGAACAUAUGGAGCCCGUUUUGUGACCCUGCUUUUCAGCUUAUCAGUAGCAUAUCAACCAAUUUUUUCACCAAACACGAAACUUUUGAUUUUGCGCGCUUAAUUGUGUAAUAAUCAAAAUAAGUAAGGUUGAAAUUAGUUUUAUAGUUGCAUUAAUUGAAGUUACUGUAGAUGUCUAUUUUAACUGUUUUUUCUUUAUUAUAUUAAUAGAAAAUAUUUUGAGUUUUUCCUCGUACUAAUGCUAAUUGAAUAAAUAAUUAAGAAAAUAAGGUUCGGGUAACCAUUACCGGAUCGAGUUUAGAGUUUUUUAUUCAGAUUUUUAUCUUUAGAUUUGAGAUACAAUAAGACACCAUGAGGUCGUUUGGUAACACUCAAAGUGACUGAAUCAGCUGAUUCUGUUGAAAUUUAUGAAGUUCGGUUUGAAAUGAGUUUAUUGACUGAUUCUGCUUAUUUAUUAAAAAAUUAUACUUAAAAAUAUUUUCUAUUAAUAAAAUAAAGAAAAAUAACUAAAAUGGACAUAUACAGUAACUUUAACCAAUGCAGCUGGAAAAUUAAUUUCAACCUUACUUAUUUUGAUUAUUACACAACUCCACGCACGAAUUUAAAAGUUAUGUAUUUGGUGAAAAGUUGGUUGAUAAGACUGAAAAUCCGAAAAACAAGAUCACCGAACGGGCUUCAUAUAUUCUUCAGUUUUUUUAAUUACAUAUGCAACAUUGAUGUCAAAUGAAAGAUUAUAAAAAACUAUGAAUUUCGAUUAAUUUUUUAUACAAAAUAGAAAAAAAAAUUAUAGUUAUUUAAAGGAAAAAAUGAUUUUUAUAAUUCGAGGGACCCAUCUUGGCAAUUGGAUUGCUAUUACUACGUUGAGUUCAUGCGUCAUGCGCUCAUGCGGAUUUGUUUGAGUUUUUUGUCCAAAAUAAUGCUAACUAAAAAAGUAUUUACGGUUAAAACUAUUUACCAAAACAAUGCUAGUACAAACUCUACUUAGAAAGCCGCCAAACGAGCUGACUACUCUCCUCAAACAUAAGGAAGUGUGCGUAGAAGGUAGCUGGUGGGGAAGAAAAAGAGGUGGGGCCAUAUUAAAUAAAAUUUCCUUUUUCUUUAAAUUUCUAUAACUUUCAUAAUUUUGCCCCAACUUUUUUAAAAUAUGUAUCAAAUUUUAUAACUUUUUGUGAUCUUUCACAAAUAUUGAAGUAUAAAAUUUAAGAAAUUAUGAAGAUCAUAUGAGGUGAAAAAACUAAUUACAACUAUCUACUCUUAAUAAACCUAACUCUCGACCAAUUUAAACGAAAAUUUUGUAUUCAACCGAUCAAUUUGGUUUUUAUUGCAUUAAAAUGUUCAACUUUUUAAAUCUAAAAUGUAAAACAUUUCAACACAAAACUCUUAAUUUAAUUUUUACAUUAAAAAGUCUUUUCUUGAAGAAUAUAUUAAAGAUGUAAUCAUAAUGAUGAAAUUUUAAUUUUAUCGAUCACUCGAUCUACUUAUGAAAAAAGUUGAGCUUAAAAAACUCUAGGCAAUCAAAUCUUCAUAUUUUUGUAAGGAAAAACCAAAUUGAUUGGCUGAAUACAAAUUUUUCAUUUAAACUGGUGGAGAAUUAGGUUUAUUGAGAGUAGAUAGUUGUAAUUAGUUUUUUCACUUCAUAUGGUUUUCAGAAUUUUUUGAAUUUUAUAUAUUCAAUAUUGGUGUCAUAUGAAAGAUCACAAAAAGUUAUAAAAUUUGAUAUAUGUUUUAAAAAAAUUGGAGCAAAAUUAUGAAAGUUAUAGCAAUUUAAAGAAAAAGGAAAUAUUAUUUUCAGCACCCGAAUUAAAUUCAAUUUCCACCUCAUUUACGUACCACAUCAUCAUAUUUUCAUGUAUGUAUGUAUGUAUGUAUGUAUGUAUGUAUGUAUGUAUGUAUGUAUGUAUGUAUGUAUGUAUGUAUGUAUGUGUGUGUGUGUGUACGUAUGUACGUAUGUAGGUAUGUACGUAUGUACGUAUGUACGUAUGUAGGUAUGUACGUAUGUACGUAUGUACGUAUGUACGUAUGUACGUAUGUAUGUAUGUAUGUAUGUAUGUACUUUGUAUUAUUGGAUGAAUAAUUAUUAAUUUAUUAUUAUUGUUGUUGUUAUUAUUAUUGUUGUUGUUGUUAUUGUUAUUAUUAUUAUUAUUAUUCUCAAUACAAUAAUAAUUAUUUAUCCAAUAAUACAUAAUGUUUAUACAUAAAUACAUACAUAUGUAUAAUAUAUAGUAGAGUUCAAAUCAAACCGGCCUAACGGGAAUCGUAUCAUGCCAACUUCAUAUAUAUAAAUUAAAAUUAAUAUUAACCGCUAGAUAAAUGUAUUAUAUACUCUCUGCGUUCCUAUUUAAAAAUCACUAACAAAUCUCAUUCAUGAAUCUUGCUGUAAUCCUGACUAACUGAGAGAUACUAGUUUUUCACCCAUGCGUUGCACGGGAUGUAAUUUCUUAAUUUUUAAUUUAAUAUUUAUAUAAUUGUUCUAAAUUUAAUUUAGAAUCAUUAUUUACACAAGAUAAUACACUUGUACGAUAAAUUAGUUUGAUAUGAGUUUCUCCUUCCAUCUUGUUAAGAUUGUUUAGUCUUUCCUUUUUAUCUGUCCCACUAAAAUUUUCCAUUAGAAUUUUGGAAAAGUUUGUAUGAUUCUAAAUCAUUUUAACUUUAUCAAUUAAGUAUCAAUUACAAAAACUCUUUUUUUCAAUAACUGCACCACAUCUUCAUGUCCC